AAAAUGGGCGGGGGUAUGAAAGUGUACAAGCGCCUUAUAUUUUUCGUUAGCCUCUAAAGAUUUCCAUAAAAUAAAUUACGAUGGUUAAUGUAAUAUUUGAGGGUUUCUAAAUGAUUGUGAAUAGAUAGGACAGCAAGAGAUGGAGCUGAGAGCGGCAAAAUAAACAAACGUUUAUUAGUUUCUGAGCGGAGCACGUGAUCGUUGCUAAGAAACCACUAAACAUAAUUUGAUUGCAUUCCUACUGAACCCGUCGGAAAAAAAAAUCGCAAAUAUGAUGAAUCUAGAAGAAUAUUUUAAAACCACCUUUGAGAAUAAACUUCUCUUUAAAAUGCUGAAGGGUGAAGAUGACCAUCUCACUCCAGCUACACGUCUCUUGGAGAAACGAAGAGAACUUGCAGAAAUUGAACAAGUUCUUUCUGUUCAAAAAGAGGAGUUCCAGACCAAAAUGGAACGUCUUCAACAGAGACGUGGUGAGCUGGAAAGAAAAGAACUUCAGCUGAAAGAAUCACUUGAGAAGUUUGAUAAAUUUUUGAAGGAAAAUGAUUCCAAGAGAAUUCGAGCAAUAAAAAAAGCAAAUGACCAACGUGAACUGAAGAGAAGCAAAAUGAGAGAGAUAGCAAAAUUUCAAGAUGAUUUACGGAAUCUGAUCAUUGUAAAUAACCAACUGAAAAAGAGGCAGAAACUUUAUCACAAAUUUUGCUUAUUCAUGCAAAAGAUCUUAAAUUCUUGUGAUGAAUUCCAUGAGAUCAGAGAUAUUAUUGCAAGAUAUGAUACCUUAAUUUCAACAUAUACUGAUUUACUUGAGACUGAAAGAAAACAUCAAGACUUAAUUGAAGCUAUUAAAAUAAAGAUUCAUAGUGUCACUGAAGAAAAAUGCAAUGAAAUCCUUGCACACAACAACCAACUAAGUAACCUUCAGGUCAAGUAUGAAAGUUCGCGCAGCACACGCAUCCAGUUAGAAUCUAUUUUUAACCAUGUACACAACACAGCAAGUGUAAAAGCUCUAAAGUCCGGACAAAUCCAAAUGGCUGCUCAUAAUUUGUUCAAUGUAAUGCGAACCUACCAAAACUUACCUCCAGCAGUAGAUGGUGAGCCGAACUCACUUGAAGAACUAAACUGUGUUCGUAUAUUUGGGGAAGACUUAGUCUUCGUCACCAAUACUGUUAAACCUGAGAAAGCAAAAGAACAUUACUUUCUAUCAUAAAAACUGCAAAUGGACUUUUUUUUUUUAACUUACUACGAAGAAACCUAUAAUUUGUAAGUUGUAUAACUAUUUCUGGUGUGCAUCAGUUAUUUGAUAAUUGAACACAAAUUUAAAGACUUGAUAGAACAAUUUAGACUCUUGUAAAAGCUAAAAACUACCUUUUUAUUUCAUUUUUGCUGUAAUUAAGCUAAUUCUUUAUAAGUUGUAAUAACUGUGCACACCUGCUAUUUGAUAAUCAAAUAUAUUUAGAGAAAGCAUUUAGAUUCUUUGGACAACAGCAUUUGAGAAUAGAACUGUGGUGAACAAUUAGUUUUUCUUUUAUACAUUUUUUUUGCUAGCAAAGUUGUAAAUAGUUUGUUUUUCCUAACUUUAAUUUUUGCAAAUUAGGAUAGAUAUUUGUUGUUAUAUUUCAAGAUAGUGAUUUUUCUUUUGGCCAAAUAAACACACACAUACUAUGUACUUUGCUUCAUUUCAGGUUUAUUUUAUUAUUGUUCUUAUUUUAAAUUCUUUGUCUGGAAACCUUUCAUCACACAACCUAUAACCUCUUCAGUGACUCUCCAUUCCAUGUAUCUCCUCCUGUCCUGUGACCUCUUUAGUGACUCUUCAUUCCAUGUAUCUCCUCCUGCCCUGUAACCUCUUUAGUGACUCUCCAUUCCAUGUAUCUUCUCCCUGUUUAGUCCAUUUUGUCUUUCUAAGUGACUCUCCAUCCCCCAUGUCACUUCCUGUCUUGUGACCUCUUCAGCGACUCUCCAUUCCAUGUGUCUCCUCCUCCCCUGUUUAGUCCAUUUUGUCUUUCUAAGUGACUCUCCAUCCCCCAUGUCACCUCCUGUCCUGUGACCUCUUCAGUGACUCUCCAUUCCAUGUGCCUCCUCCUGUCCUGUGACCUCUUCAGCGACUCUCCAUUCCAUGUGUCACCUCCUGUCCUGUGACCUCUUCAGUGACUUUCCAUCCCAUGUGUCCCCUCCUGUCCUGUUUAGUCCAUUUUGUCUAAGUAACUCUCCGUCCCACAUGUCUUUUAUUGUCUUGUGACCUCUUCAGCGACUCUCCAUCCCCCAUGUCCUGUUUACUCUACUUUGUCUUUCUAAGCAACUCUCCAUCCCACAUGUCUCCUCUGGUCCUGUGACCCCUUCAGCAACUCUCCAUCCCACAUGUUUCCUCCUGUCAUAUGACCUCUUCAGAGACUUCAUCCAACAUGUCUCCUCUUUUCCUGUGAUCUCUUCAGCAACUCUCCAUCCCACAUGUUUCCUCCUGUCCUGUUUAGUCCAUUUGGCCUUUCUAAGUGGCUCUCCAUCCUGUGAUCUCUUCAGCGAUACUCCAUCCCACAUGGAGUACCUCUCCAUUGCAUACACCUCCUCCGAUACUGUUUAGUCUGUUUGACUUUACUAGGAAGACAAAAUGGAGUAAACAGAACAGAAGGAGACACAUGGGAUGGAGAGACACUGAAGAGGUCGUAGGAGGUGUGACGGAAGAUUUCCAGCCAAAGGACAUAAAAUAAAAUAUCUGAAAUGAAGGCUAAAUAUAUAUAGUGUGUGUUUAUUUGACAAAAAAAAAUAUGUCCAUCCUGAAAUAUAAAUAAUAUCUAAUGAAAUGUCAGUGCUAAGCAGUGUGUAAGUUUGAGCAGAAUUAGGGAAGUUAUUUACCUCGGUCCGGUGAUCUACUAGCACAAAUCAGUCAACAUGUUGACUGAAUUACAUAUAAAGCUACGGUUUUAUAACUUCAUUCAGAAUUGCCUUUCAUUGACGAGAACCAAGUAGCUUGAAGUGUCAAUGUCUGGGAUUCCUAAUAGAUGGCGACACUGAACAAACCGGGUGUUUUCACACCUUUUUACCAUAAGAGAGAUAUUUUCUCCAUGGUAACUGCAGUGUAUUUGCCUUUUAGCAGUUGAAAUAUGUGACAAACAUAUUUCAACUAACCUAAAUUCUGCUCAUAACAAUAUCUGUUUCAACACAGGAUUUGACAUCAGGAAUUUUACAAAACAAAUACAUAAACAAUAGAUAUUUGAAUAUUGGGAUAUUUACGUAGUACUUAAUUGCCAGAACAUUUAUUGAAGUUUUUCCCUCCCCAAGAAACCCUUCAUGCUUAACUUGGCACAUAAAGGAACCCUUUUAUUUUAUUAAGCAGAAAUAAAUUGUUUUUCAAAACAC